GUCUCACUUUCACUCUUCACAGUACAAAAAUUUUUCUGAUUCCUCUCCUUCCACUAUCUAUUCUGUCCUCAGUCUACUCAUCCAGAGAUGCAGCUAAGAAUGAUUAUCUAGAUCCCUCUCUCUAAGCUCACCACAUUGGACUUCUCUUAGUACGUCAAUCAGUUUCAGUGGCGUACACAGCACAGGUUCAUGGUUCUGCAGGAAGAUGGGUGGCCUCUUGGCCUAAGACCACUGAAUGCAAGAAUUGGGUUGGUGAGAAAUCGUGAUUUCAAUGGAUCAAUUUCAUUUAGCACUCUGCUUACUGGUUCUCCUAGCUCCACCGCAGAUUCUUCCUCAGAUCCCGAUACAGAGUCUACUGGAUCUUUCUUCCAUGACAAGAGCAUCACACUUGGGAGCCUUAUUGGAGUAUCUAGCAUUCUAGAGCUCUCUCGAAGAUCAACUAGGAGAAGAAGAACAGCAGAAACAUUAAGAGACCAGAAGAAUUGCAAGUCAAAAUCUUGGUUCUUCUCAUUAUGCUCAAAGCUAAGCACUGAUGCUGUUAACAAGAACAACUCUCCUCCUCUUGGUCACUUUCUUGAAGCAGAGAGGAGAGCAGCUAACAUUCACAGAAGCGAUAGCCCAAUGUUAUAUGGACCUAAUGAUUUCUCCCCCGUUCGAACCAAUUCAGAUCCUAAUUCCCUCUUUAUUGGUGGUCAGGUUGCUCCUCAAUCAAGUUCUUCAUUGGAGGCAGAUGCCGGAAGAAGAUCCAACACAGAAUUAUUAGAACAUGGCAAUGGGUAUGGAUUUCCACUAUUGUUCUCAUGUUUGUGUGGACAACUGAUUGAAUGAUGAGUUCCUGUUGAACGUUCUUUAAUGGCUUGUUCAUCUAAGCAAGUACUUAUUGCUAAAUUUUAAUGGCUGUAAUUAAAUUUUAUUUGUCUUUAGACAUUAUCACUAAAUAUCAUAGAAUUUCUACUUAUUUUGAGCAUAUAAAUUAAAAAUAUUUUCUUC